AUGACAGAUGACGUGAAGCCGGGAUACAAAAUUUAUCAGAAUUUGAAAGACCAAUACGGACCGGUAUUCACAUUUUGGUUGGCUAAUCUUCCGAUGGUUACAGUAACUGACUGGAAAUUAAUCAAACAGCAUUUUAUAAAAGAUGGAGCGAACUUUGUGGGAAGACCAGAGUUUCCGAUUAAUAUUGAGAUUAGGAGAAUUGUGGAGUCUCAUGGAGAUCGAUGGGUUCAACAGAGAAGAUUCGCAUUACAUGUUCUGAGAGAUUUUGGAUUGGGAAAGAAUUUGAUGGAGGAGAAAACAAAUAUGGAAGAGUUUCUGGAAUUGAAGAAUCUAAUGGACAAACAUUUCAAACUAACCGCUGAGCCUAUUGGUGCAAUGCUCAUUAUGUAUCCAUGGAUUGGAAAAUUGCCGAUUUUGAGUCAUUAUAAGAAAAUUAUGACCGACAGUUGGGAAGGACUUCUUAAAAUGUUUCGGAAGCAAGCAGAAGAGAAAUUGGCGACGAUUGACUAUGAUUCAGAUGAAUAUUCGGAUUACGUUGAAGCAUUUGGAAUGAGAGAAACAUGA